UGCGUCAGCUCACACUGCUCUGCUCACACAGUUGAUAAACAAACAAAGAUUGACAGUCUUGUGUUUACAACUGCGGAAGGAUAUCGUUUUGAGAAACAUUUUCAUUAAUUUGCCGAACAGCGAACAUGAACAAUUGCGUGGUGAAUUCAUUACCCAAUUACAAUGAUUCCUACAUUCCGAGCGGUACAAUAGUCAUCCAAACGUUGUGGACCGACGAGUCAAUCGUAAUGAGCGUGUAUUCCACCAACGGUAAACAGGGCUACAGAGGAACGUUGCUAAAAUCGAAAUUAAGUGCUACGGCAGACGCAUUGGAAACGGAUGCCAGCGAAUUCCUGGUUGACGUCAAACUUGCCUUAUGCACUCCGAACGGUCUUCCGACUUUCACUUACCAUUUGACCAGUGAGUCGUUUAAAUUUUGUAAAGUUACCGACGCCGGACUUCGAAUAACUUACGGUGAAGUGGAUUUGGUGGAGCAAACCGAUGCAGUUGAGCAAAUUCUGCUGAAUUCAAUCAAAUCGAAUGAAGAAAAACAAAUUCAAAUCGACGCAUUGCGCCUGGAAAUUAGUCAACUGAAUGAAACGUAUGACUGUAUGAAAUCGGCGUUGGAAAAGUGCGUCGACGAAAAAGUGCGAAUGGAAAAUGUUCUGAUGACAAAAUUCGCCGCACUUCUGAACGCGAAAAAGGACAAAAUUGCCGAAUUGGAGAAGACGAUCAGGAAUCGCUCAACAAUCGCUGUGGAUGACGAUUUUGAGAGUGACGGAAGUGACAGCGACCUGGAUUAUUCCAGUCAAUCACAUUUUCGAGAAAGAAGUUCUAUUGUUGCGUCGACGUCCGGUAACCAGUCCUCUGAUAACGUAUCCGUUUUGGCAGCGAUACCGAAACGUCGAAAUCAGGCGACGAACGAAACGAUUAAGGAAGCGAGCAGUACGAGUGGUAACGUUGAAGAAGCAAAAACUGAUUCAAUGGACAUUUAUGAACGUGAUACCGAGGUGAUGCUGUGUGAUAUGUGAAAUUCGCUGGUGGUGAUUAUUAAACAUUUUAUUUUACCAUUCGUCUCAGUUUUUAAUGUUGUUACACUAGCCAGUUGAAGGAAAUGAAAAACUAAAGAUUU